UUAGACUGAAAGCGUUGCGAUGUCUUGAAUCGUUUCCCCGUGCGUUAGAGGUGCUAACUGACGAGAGUGCUUUGCUUAUUCUUCCCCUGCAUUGAGUUGAAAUAUCGGUUGAGCUGCAAAGUUUUACUGCACAGUAGAUGCAAAAGAUUAACUGCAUUCCUGCAGCGGUGGCAUUCGUACCGCGUUCUCGUGAAUCGUGCGGUGCUCUAAAACCAGUUCUUAGCCGAAUGAGAAAUUCGUAUAUUUAUUUGUGUACUUCGAAAAGUUUUAUUUCGAUAUAACGUGUCUUAUGAGAUAACAAUCUCAUCGAAAGAAAAUCCAGUGCGGAUCGAAAGGAAACCAGUGAAAGAGAUCUUCGAUUUUUUUUGGCUGUGCUUCGGUUUACCAAUAGGGUGCAGUGGUUGCUUGAGUGUUUGUGUGUGCCGUCUCAUGAAAAGGAGUGUAACCACCGCCCAAGAGCCACUACUCGUGAUAUUACAAUUAUAAGUUAAAUUUUUCAAGAAAGAAGUGAAAAAACGUUUAAGUGCUGCUUAAUAACAGCUUACACACAAAAGAAGAAGCUGUUCUGCCUUGUUGCUGGGAGUGCAAAGAUUCCCUGAGUGUGCGCUACAAACCGAACAGAAAACACAAACGUUGUGUUUUUUACCUUACCAAGUCCAGACAUACAUACAUACAGAUAGGUUCCCUAUAUACGUAUAGUAGGGGGCAAAUCUGGAGUUGCGUUCCGAUCCAGCGAUUCGAGUGAAGAAGUAAGCCGGUCCCUAACAUCCUACGGAAAGCUAUCAUCACCACUACCAGCAGCAUCAUCAUCAACAAUAACAUUAUUCGUCAAGAAGUUGACUGCAUCCCGCUGCCAGCAUAGCAGCAACAUAAAAACCGACAGCAAACGGUGGCACGGUUAGCGAAUGAACGGAGCAGAACAAGUUGUGGAAUCUUCUGUUUCUGCUUCUACGAUCGCCAAGGUGCGAUCUUGGCCGGGUUUACUUGCUUGGUAGAAAACAGAAACCUAAAGACCGACUACACUUCUUGCUGGCUUUGGUGACGCGGUUGCUGGCGAAGGAGCGUUCCAGAGUGCGGGGUUCUGAAGUUGUAAAAUGUAGCUGAACCGCUUGAGGCUAUGGAGCAGAAUAUAUUUGACGUUGCCGAUGACAUUUCAUUCCCCUGGUUGCCGGCGUAUGCCGAAGCGACCGAAUCGAGCUCGCUCGCGGUCAGCUCGAGUCGGAUGCUGGAAACCAUCGUGGAGGAAACCUCGGACGACGAUGAUGGACGGGGACAGGCGUCCUUGGAGCAGCAGGGCUGGUCCCAGUUUGAUCAAGUGUGGAGCUCAGCCGACUCGGAUACUGGGUCGGUAAUACGCGUUGAUACACCCUCAGACCAAGACACAAUGUCCGAACGUGACUUCAUCUGUCCACCCAAGCGUAGGAAGCAAGACAACGGGUAUGAUGGAGCGGAUUUUGUCAAUGGAGUCAGUGAGCUUGCCACAAAUGGCUACGGUACUUAUCGCAAGAUGCGAAUUUACGACCCGGAGGGACAAGAUGUUAACGAGUAUUUUAUGAGGCGACCCAAUGAGCAAAGAUUGCGUUUCGAUGAAAUUGGGCACGAUCUGUUUACGGAUUCCGAUAGUUUGUCGUACGCGUCGCUGAGUCGAUCUUCAUCGCUGAUCCAGUUCGAGUCGUUGGAGCGGCAGUUGCAGAAUGAAUCGGUAGUCGUAGCCUCGGCGCCACUGUCUGGAUCGUCGCCAUCGCUCUAUUCGUCGGGACUGGUUUCCGAUACGGUGGCUGGUGCCGCUGCUAAUGGAACAACCGGCAGUGAGAACCUUCGGAUUUCGAACGUGGGCGCCGAAACGCUUGGAUUCUACUCAGGAGGCAGUCCCACCAAGAAAAGCAACAAUCUACUAACUGCGUCAAAUUUAAUCCAACAGUGCAAACUGAAGGCUGGCAGCGGCAACGGGGCCGCCAGUGGCAAGCAACCAGUGCUGAAUAUUAGUGAUUCUGAGCUGUACUCCUCGAGUGUGAGCAGUAGUGGUAGCAGCAGUGGUGGUGGCAGUAGCUGUAAUUAUGCCAGUGACGAGUGUGAUUUGAACCACGAGAACACACCCAGUCCUAGUGAGUCCCAGGUGGCGAAAAGUUCUUCCGAUGAAGCGGAUGGUAUUGUGCGGUGUCCCCUACGGUGCUCCGAUCGCCGCAAAUCGCUUAAUCAGCUUCGGAUGAAAAACUCGAUUGAAAGUCUCAGUGAGGACAGUGGAUACUGUGACCAUUUGCAUUUCAAUAUGAAUAAUUUACGGGUCAAAUCGAAGAGUCUGACAAAUUUCGGUUCAGCAGAAAACGUAAACAUGUUUAUGGACCCGGUGCCGUUAGACUUUUACGAACAGCGUCAUGUUUCUUUCCACCAGGAUAACCGUCUGUCGACGGUGUGCGAUGUGGAUGAAGAGGAAGAACAGGAACAGUGUGAGGAGCGAAGCGAGGAGGUGCACCAGCACCGCAUGGAGCAGUGCAACAGUGAAGAAAAUCUAUCCAAUAAGUACGAACGCAACAAGCCAGAACAACACUGGUACACUGCGAACGCAAAAACCAAUAUUCAUAAUUGUACAAAAAUAGAAUUAGACACAAGUAAACAUUCGCGCACGCCCGGCUUCGAGGGACAAACGCCAUUCGUCGUAGCAAGCAAAGUAAUGCCGCCGCCAUCACCAUCAUCAACGUCGUCGUCGUCGUCUUCACCAGUGUCGUCCCAGAGCGGAUCCUCCCAUUCACUUGAGAGGCAUCCGGUGGUGGCGGCGGCAGCGAUCACUGCGACUCUGGAUCGUCACCACCGUGCCGAACCGAAACCUAAAAAUAGCCAUCGUCGCCCGUCGCAGAAGGAUGACAUAGAACAGCUUUCCUGUUCGCGUAAACGGCCUCGGCCGCAACAUCACCGACGGAGAACCAUCAUUUCGGCCAGUUCGCCUGAUCUAUUCACCAGUGAUCAACGUCGCGGUGCAGCAGCAGUGAGUCGCAUUCGCAGCCGGAAACAAAGCCAGCGACGAAGGAUUAGUGAGUUCCUGGAGUACGCUGGCGUUAAUUUUUCCAUCUCCAGCGUGCCGGAUUGUUUGAAUCUCUGCGGAAACACUGCCGGCCCGAACGAUUUUCGAGGCGACCAGUCAGAUUCGUUGAAUUCGUUCGAGCUGAGUGAGUCGGCCCCCAGUUCCGGGAACUAUUGUUCGUGGAAUUUACACCCGGAUUCGGCAGCUUGUAAAAAUUUCGAUCUUUAUGAUUGCAAGGAAGAAGUGUUAGUGCCUACGGUGGUGAAAAGUGUCAAGACUGUAACUUUCCAAACCGCAGUAAAACCUCGGGUUGACAUACGGGCUAGUUAUGCGAAUUUGACGGUGCUAGAUUACAGUGAUGACGAAGACAGUAAACCGUACUUUUUGAAUAGAAACACAUUCAAAACAAGUAGCGGAACACGACUGGGCGGGGUGCGAGAAAUGGCAGGAGGACAGUGGGAGGCGAAGAAAAUUUUCAACGAAGACGAAGAAGAGGAACGCAUUUUCUCUGUGGACGAUGAUGAGAAAAACGUGUUCAACUCACUGCUGGAUGAAAUUUCCGCACACUUUGACCGAAAUCUAUCAAUCAUCAAUGAUCAAGCGGAAACGUACGAACCGAUCGCAGCGUUCCUGCAAGAACAGCGUGUGGCGCCCCAGGUCUCAUCAUUUAAAGCGCUUGCGGCCGUCCCGCCUCAGCCUCCACCGAGGAGAACGCAAAUUAAAACAAAUCCCCAUCACUCGCAGGGACCGGUUGUGAUCAAACCCCCCGAAGUGCGGAUACGUACGUUUGAUCAGGAUCCGACCAAUUUAGUCACCUGUUAUGCAGCCAGUCUGGAACGGUGUACAUUCGAUCCGAACGAAUCCACCCUCAAUUUGCAUAGCAAUGCAGUCAACGACAAGUCAAGUGAAUUUAAUUCUAAUCAUUCGCCACGACACGCGCCUGUGGUUGUAGCGAAACGCGAAUUUGUGUCGAGCACACCCAACCUCAACUACUACCAUGCAGGCAGCGGCGACGGCAAUGAAGGUGCCCUCAACAUCCAUCACAAUUCGCUGAAAAAUGUUUCUUGCCUGGAAAUCGGUGGCGGAGAGCUGGCCUCUAGAAGCACCGGAAUCCUCACGACUGCCUCCAGCUCCAAAUGUGGCCUCUCGAAGGGGGUUAGCUUUUGUCCGAUUGUUUCGGAAAUUAUCUGGAAAGAUAACAGUUCUGAGCUGGAACCGGACGACAACGCGAGUAUCGUAUCCAAUCAAGACUUCGAAAUCGAUGUCGACGACGAGGACUUCGAUCAAGACGACUACGAUCAUGCGAACUUGAUCGCCACCCAAACAAACACUUUGAUUAAUGCCAACAGUGUGGAAACUGGCCUGUGUGAGCUGAUAAAUAAAGCUGAUUCAUCAUUAGGCAAUUAUCAUCACACCAGCACUGACGAUCAUCAAUACUAUCAGCAGCAUCAUCAGCUCGAAACACUCGCCCAGCAGCAGCGAGUACCAACACCGGCGGCAGCGGCGGUAUUGUUCGAGCAUGAUCGUUCAGCUGACGUCAUGGUUGAUGAUUCUCUCUCACGGGAGUCUAGCACAAACGAUCAUCAUCCGAGAGAGGCGAACAAGCGAGACAACGAUAUGCUCAACCCUGGUGGCGCUGUAAACAACGACACAAGCGGUAGCAGUAAAAAAGCGAAACAUGCAACGCAACCGGACAAAGGCGAGUUACUCAGUACAAAAGUGAUCGUUGCCGAGCGAGGUACUACGACGAUGGCGUCUACGAUCGGUACGAACGGUGUUGACGCUAGUAAAAAUCUGAUCGCCGCGGAAUCCGUUCUUCCGACCCUUCCCCCGGUUCCAACUGCGGACGAAAGCCAGCAGCAAGAUCAACCGGCACCGAAGUUUGUGAACAACAAUAACAAUCUGAUUAAAAACUUCAAAAACGGUAAAGCGGAAAAGAAGGGAAAAACCUUCCUGUCGCGAUUGUCCGGUUUUCGUUUUUCGUUCCGUGGUAAAUCAAAGAAGAACAAAGAUGGUGUCAGUGGGUCAUCGAACGGAAAGGUCGGCAGCACUGCGGCGGGAGCGAGUGAUAAACUGUCCUCUCCGGCGAAAGUGAAGGAGUCCGGUACCGAUAAAGUGUCGGCCGAUUUUAUUUAUAUUCCUUUGAAGGACCCGGCUGGGCCACAAUCGCGUGAAGAGCAUUCCGCCGACGGUAGUGUCAGUGUUGCCAGUGAAGUGGUUGACAGCGAAGAGUACUAUUUGCGUGCUAUGAAUACGGUUGGAUUGCAGGAUAACGGAGAAGAUCAGCUAGAUGAUGCUAAUAUGUCGUUCGCUUCGAACUCGACGUCGAUUUUGGGUUCGAGUUUUGCCAGCAGCACUGUUACCUCGAGUGGGGGUGGCAGUGGUGGACAACGAAACCACGUGUUGAGCGGGAAGCCACCCUUACCGAAGCAACCCCCACGCGUUGUUGGUGUGUGUACGAAACGUUCUACCCCAACCGGAGGACGCUACGCGCAUGCUUCGCAACGAGCCUCGUCGACACCGCCGAGGACGGAAAUCGAUCUGGACGAGAGCCACGGCAGUGGUGGCUUCUACCGUCAGUACACAAACGGUGCUGAUACGGUUAACGGUACGGAAGGAGCAACCGGAAUAUCUCCUUGGUCCGCGGGUGGUGCUCGGUACAAUUGUAGCAACGGCAGCAGCAAUAGUGCAGGAAGAUCCAGUUACCAGCCACAGUUGACAGUAGAUACAGGUGACAACAGCAAUUACUUCAACCACAUUAUGGGUAGUGAGCAGAAAAUCGGUCUCAUCGAGACCAACCUGGAUACCCAUGAGACAGUAAUCUCGGGCAAGACACGUUCGCUGAUGGAACUUGGCGGACCAUCGUCCCACAUGCACCACCAUCAUCAUCAACUGCAGGUGCAUCACGGCAUCGGAGGGGGUGGCGGUGGUGGCGGAGGCGGCGGUGGCGGCGUCGUGAUAGGCGUUGGCGAUGGCGGUUCCAAACGGCUAGCCGGCGUUAAUGGGAUUAAAGACCGCCAGACAACAGCCAUUGCCAAUGAACCCGGAAGGCCGCACAAGAGCAUGGAAUUUCUACUGGAUAAAGAAAAUCAGCGGAACGUUUUGCCACCGGAAAACGAGCUCCAGAAAUCCCACGAAACCGGUACGAACCUGAGCGAACACCAGCUGCGAGUGCAAGCCUCCCUCCAGCGGCUGAACAUCCCGGACUGGUACAAACAGUACUCCGGCCGUGACGGUGCCAAUGCUUCCGGUUUGGCGAACAACAGCAAUGCCGGGACGACCGCACCCAGUGGCGUCCUGCGGAAGCGCAACUCCGACGUCGGACGGUGGACCGGAUUGAGUUCGAAAACCACCUCGCUCAGCUCGCUUGGAUCGCAUCGAUCCGAUAGGAGCCCGGUGAUGCUUAGCCCCUCGGCCCACAGCCAUCACGGUGGACAGACCGGUUUCUCGCGGUGGUCCACCUCGCACCUCAACUCGAACCAGACGUCACCGAGUGUGUCGACCCGAGGGUCCUUCACGCGGGGCGGACUGAACUCCAGUGUAGUGUCCGGAUAUUCGACAGCUUCCACGACGGCCGGCGCAACGAACAGUGCGAUCCGCAACUCAUUCCGGCAACCGUACCUGGGCUGGAGGAGCCAGGAGAAACUUUCCCAGCCGCGGACGCCCGCCGAAAGGCUGGCAUCCUCCCUACUGUCCCAGCAGAAAGCCAAGGAGCAGCAGCAACGGCAGCAGCAACAGAACCAGCAAAAGGUAGAACCCGUGGUAACACCGGAGAUCCAGUCAUCCAUCAAAGAGGUUACCUCGGCGAUUGUACAUUAUGUGAACGACCAAACCAACCGGCAUUCGCGCAGUAGAUCCACUAGUCCAAGCCAAAGAUGUUGGCUAGAAAGCUCAUUCGUUGGUACCAGACCGCUGGAUUCGCCACAAACGCCAAUGAUCGACGGCAACGGUAGCGGGGUGGCCCCGACAGCCGUGGCGGUCCAGAUGGCCGGUGACCACUACCGGUACAACGCCGGACGGAUGAAUGGCGUCGUGACACCAACCGCAAUAGUGCCGACCUUCUCCCUGCCACCCGAGGCCCAGCAACUACAAUCACCCAGCUCGGCUACCCUCGAGGAUGUCCUUGCCUCGUUGCUCGGAUUGCCGGCCGAAUCACACAGGUCCUCAGUAGUGGAUUUAGCUAAUUCCUGUCUAACGCCAACAGUUUCCAGUAACCACACACUUCAGAUCGAACAAGUUCAAAUCAGGCGACGCAGCGAGGGAGAUGCUGGUAAGAAGCGCAACGAAGCCAGUACCGUCGGAUCCGCCGGCGCGGUCAGCAGUGGCACCAGCAGCAAGGACGCGCACAGCCGGCGAGUCUCGCUGGAUUCGUGCGAAACAACGCACAAAAGCCCCGGGGAGAUGCUGAAGUGUCGCUAUCCGAAAUGUGACGCGACGGCGACGAUCGCCGAAGCGAAGAAGUCCUACAAAAGCUGCCACAACUGUUCGCACCUGUACUGUUCGCGGGACUGCCGGAGGGCUCACUGGGAAAAGCACCGUAAAGCGUGUUUGCACUCGCGAAUUUCCGCUCUCUGUAGACUGGUCUUGUCCACCUGCAAGGACGAUGCGGAUACCCUACGGCACCUCAGCGUGUUAGCGAGGCGCGGCUAUUUAUCGCAAGGACGGGGUGUUGUUAGAAUACUGUUUCGUAGUCCGGAGAAUGCGGACUCGUUCAUAAAGCAGGGUUUUCAGUGUUUGGGUGAAGUGGUGUACGUGCGUUGGCCCGACUUACUCCCUUCGGAGAUGGGCCCGGAACUGUACUCGGAGUUGCUCAAGCUGAGUACCGAAUACAAACCCGAUUCGAAGAUGUUGAUCUACGUGGCGAUCUGUGUCGUAUCGGAAGCUCCAGGUAAUGCAACGGCCCCUGUCAAGUGGGAACGCCAGCUGGUGUCACGCUGUGCUAAGCUAAAACUUUCCCGAUCUGUCAUCAACGAAAUCAACAAUUCGCCCAUCGACAGACAGAUUCCGAAGAAGGAUAACGCAACCGAUGUGCUGAUCCUCUCGUUUAACAUAAUGUCUAAAACAACGCAGAAAAGUCGCGAACAAGUGUCGUUCAACAUCCAGCACGUGCUGCGCCAGCGAGGCGUUGUCCUGCGUAAGCAUUAUCCCGAAGUCUUCCUACGGUUGUCCACGUUCGUCGAGGGUACAACCGAUCGGUUUCUGCCGGUGACGAUGCACCCGCGGGACAGCGUUACCGGGCGGACCUUCGUCUGCAUCAUAAUGCCCAACUAUGGGGACGCCGAUCGGCUGCAGUUUCCCAUUUCGGAGAACAGUGACGACGAACGGGUCGUCACGAUGGACGUCGGCUCCGAGCUGGGCUUUAGCGGGGAUCCAGUGGACGCGAGCGGAAGUGCUCAGUAAGAACGGGUUGAAACGAUAGCGUUCAAAGAGGGAACAUUUACUGUUUUUUUUGGUUUUGUAAAUAUACAACCGACGGGUUUUGUUUCUAGGUUUGCAUCAUUUAGCAGUAUAUAGCAGUGUGUUCUCGGCAAUAUAAGUCACUGAAAUGGAGAUGACGAAACAGGAAGGUUGUGCUAGUAGACGGGUCACCCGAAAGCAUUUCCCCAAUAACAAGAGGUUUGUGUGCGAUGGUGAGUACGGUUUUUUAUUAUUGUUUGCUAGUAACGAUGUUCCUAUUGAGCUUUUGUAUGGCGUAAUAAUGGAAACUGAUUUGUUACAACAUGAUAUCAAAGUUUUAUUCACAUUGGAAGCCCAAAAUAAUAGUCGGCGAUGAGGAUUAAAUUCGAACAAAUCCACUUUCAAGUUUCACCUGUACGUCCAAAUUAGAAUUUAAUAUCGCAAAUAGUGAUCAUCCACCUGGCAGGAUGCUACCAUGAUAAUUUCAAAUCCUGUUAAACAAAUAGAAGCCCCACCGUAAUUUCUGAUGCCAAAAUGAAAUUUAUUAGAGCAGCUUACGGGUAGGUAGAAACAGGAAUGAGUUUAGCAUGAUUGCAGUUAAGUUAAACAACGUUCGAGUUUUCACUUAAUGGAAUAACUAUCUUCCAUUACAAGCGCCCCUAUCGGUGCCAGCAGAGAAACAACUGAAAACUAGUACCUUCACUAUCCUUCAUAGGUGCUUUCGACUAAUAUGCCGCUGUCAGCGCCAGUUUAUUAUUAAUAACCAUCGGAACUUCAGGAAGGAGAUACAACCAUUAUUUUACAUUCAAAUUUAUGACUCAGAAUCGCUUCUGUUGUGCAAAGCGAUGUGUCAUAAAACAGAAGUGCCACUCAAAAAUAUUUUCUAUUCGCGGGUGAAAAAACGAAGCGCUGCACGUUCAAAAUAUACCUACAACUUUUACCGUGGCUUUUGUUUUCCGGACUUUCGCAAUGCUGACAUUAUUCCAGUAAAAGAAUGAUUCCAUUCUUUUUUUGUGUUGGCAAAUGGUUCUGUCAAUCAUUUAUUAUGUGAAAUGUUUGUCAACUGUCAACAUCGUAAGUAUUGUGUUGUGAUAGUUUACACCCAAAGAACAGAGAUUUCAUGAAGGUUUUAAUUGCCUUGUUCUGAGCCAUGAGAAGACUAGUUUUCAACGUAUUACAACGUAUUCAUGUUCGAUUUUGGCAACACGUCCAAAUUUAAUUUUUUUAUGAUGCCUACCGGACUAAAGAGAAAAUUAAAUAGCCAAUUAUAAAACCAAUUCAAACAGUGUUGCCCGAUGCCUACUGGACUGAAGAGAAAACUUAAUUCAACGCUAGGAUGGUUGCUGAUGGCAACACGUCUAAAGUUUUUAUGUUGCCGAAACGAACGAGGUCUGUGUAUCCUGACAAUAUGAAGUCAAUUCCUUAUAUGAAAUUGGGUACGUAACCUCUAGAUGUUUUUUUUUAAAUAAAAAUGCAACUUAAUUUUGAAAAAAAGAAUAGUUAUCUACGUAUCAUUCCAAGUACUGCUCAUGAUUAGCUAAAAAAUUUUUAAUUUUUUUUUGAACGUGUUUCUCUUUCGAGGCUAUUCACAAAUCAAACCUUUUCUGAAUGCCUUCAUAUGAACAGAUCUGCUGAUAAGCCAGACCAUAUGCCAUCGAACGGAACAAGUAAUCAUUGGACGGCGCAAAACCUGUGAAAUAUUGCGGAUGAGGUAGGACUUUCCAUGUGCACGUUUUUAUGUAAGUUCAAACGAGUUUGACCGUAUGAAGCCAAGCGUUGUCAUGCAGUAAAAUCACUUUUUCAUCCCUCUGCUCGAAUUGGGGCCAUUUUUCGCGCAGUGCAUAAUUGCAUUAAUUGAAGUCGAUAUCGUUUCCCAGGACGGGUUUCGUUCGGUUUCAACCGCCUAUAAUGAACAACACCAAUCUGGUCCCACCAAAUACACAGCAUAAUCUUUGCAGCGUCUAUAAUUGGCCUAGUCGACGUCAUAAAAGCAUGAUCGGGCAGUCCCCAUGAUUUCCUUUGCUUUGAGUUGCUUUUGGGAGUUAAUUUUUCAUCACCUGUCAUGAUACGACGAAAAAAAAACUUUUCUUUUUAGCCGCUGGAGCAGUUGUUCGUAAACAAAAAAAAAGAUGCUCAAAGUCCCUUGGCUUCGAGUUAUAAGUAACCGAAAAUCAUUGUUUUUGAUCAGGCUCAAAGCAUGCAAUUACUUGCGAAAGGCUUGUCGGGUUCUUGAUACCGAAGCAAGCUGUUCCUGCGUUUGACAUGGAAUUUUACCAAACAAUUCCUCCAAUUCAGCGUUUUCCACGGUUUUUGGCUUUCUUCAACAGUUGUUGACAUCGACUUCAAGCAGCAUUUCCGAAGACUUUCCUAACUCUCGAUGCGCUUCAGCAGCGGGUUUCUAUGAACGAAAUCAGAAAAGUAACAAUGAUUAUUGUGUCGAAACAAUGUGUUUACCACAUGUCUUAGCAUGGUUCAUCACGGAGCCAUCCGUUGACAAAUAGCGAGAACUCAGAUGUGCACCUUAUAUUGUAUGCAGGUAAAUUGUGAAGAGUAAAUUGUGCACACUCUUUGUGCUCAUUUCGAGCUCGCAGAUCAGCCUAUUUCACUGUCCAUGCUCACGGCCAUAGAGGGCCACCGGGAGAAUCAGUGUUUUAAAAACUACUAGUGCGGGUUUACAGGCUACAGCUAGCUACGCAAAUCGGUAGGAAUAAAAUCAUCGACUGCUUCAAAUGACUCCCCAUCUAUCAUCACUGCACCACCAACAUCCGGAGAGCUACCACGCUGUCUGCUAACCACCAUGUACUUUGACUUAUGAUGUUUAUGACAACCCCAAUUCUUGCACCUUCCCUCUCUCAAGGUCCAAAGGUCUCUUCCACCGCUCUACGGUUAAUACCAUUUCGUCAUGAUGGUGCCACUUCUCUGCACGCCAACCCUCCUGUACGGAUGUGAUGUUGAGCAAUAAGUUUGACAGCCCGUGACCUGCUUCAAACCAGCUAACGUCACAAAAGCGUCCGAUAGCUAACCGGCUGCCCUGACACUUGAUGUGGAACCAGCGUGGGUUGCACGAAUAAGUAUAAUUAGUUUUGUUGGAAACCCAUGCUCACGUAUUAUCUGCCAUAACUCAUCUCUCUUAACUGAGUCGUGCGCUGCCCUGAAGUCUAUGAACAGAUGGUGAGUCUCCAAGUUGAAUACUCGGAAUUUGGCGAGGAUUUGUCGCAAGGUAAACAUUUGCAUCGUGGUGGAGCCUCUCUCGAAAACCACAAAGGUUUCCUGCAACGGCCUCAGUCGAUGGAACAAGAUGCGGGAGAUAAUGUUGUACAUUGUUAAGGCGGUGGCCUUCUUUGUAGCUCAGGCAGUCCGGGGGGAAAUCCUCCAUCAGCCUACAUUUUUAGCAUGAUCCGAUGAAUGGCACGAUACAGCUGUUUGCUUCCGACUUCAAAAAGCUCGGCGGGAUAACCGUCCUUUCAGUUCUUUAACUGCUAUCUUCACCUCGUUCAUGAUUAGUUGUCCAUCAUUCUCAAUGUCGAUCCUGCUCCUUGGUCCGAAAAUUGGGAUUUUUGCGUUACGAAAUUUACGGAUGUCGCCUAUGACAGGUAAUUGAGUUUGAUAAAAUUCCCAUGAAAGGUAGUUAUGUUAGCUUAUUCGCCAUGGCGGAGCAAAAUAUCCGUGUAGACAUGUUUUUUAGUUCUUGCAUUUUUUUUUAUCAAUUCCUCCUCAGUAUUCGCGAUAAAAUUGUUGGAGUAGAUCUUCCGCUUCAGGUUUGCCCAGAAAUUCUCAAUGGGAAGUUGGGCAGGUUUGCCAGCCGCUUCAUCUCCUCCAACGUGGUCCCGUGGCUCUGUGAUUAGCGAUGUCGGUCGGCUAGCUCUCCCACACGGUUGUGAUAUCGGGUUCGAUUCCCGAUCGAGUCGAGGAUCUUUUCGAGCUGGAAAUUUUCUCGACUCAGCACUGGGGCACGGUGUAUCGACUCAGCACUGGGGCACGGUGUAUCGACUCAGCACUGGGGCACGGUGUAUCAGCACUGGGGCACGGUGUGUACGAUUAGCAUAGAUUCUCUAGGAUUCCUCACAUUGGAUUCCUGAGCGUCCUUGAAAAGGAUUCCUGAAAAAGAAUCCUCAGGAAUGCCCUUAUAUGGCUCUAGGAUUCUUGAAAUAAGAAUCGUGAGUGGGAAUCCUCCGGAUCGUGUUUGCGAUUCCUUUCACGAUUCCGUCACCGAGUUAUAGGUAUCCUGGGGAUGGAUUCUCUGCGUGUUAGUAAGGGACAUGCAAAAUGUGCCAAAAAACAAUAUCGAUAACGAAUUCUCUCAACUAAUCUAGUUGAUCGAGACCGCUAUUAGCCCCAAGGCUAAGCGUGCGAUAUUGUUGUUGUAUCUCCUCCAACGCUCGCUUCGAGUACUGGGCCGACGCCAGAUCCAGCCAGAAAACCGCGUCUUCGCCCUUAUGGUAUUUCUUGUGAACGACACAACUUCCGGCAGGCAUUUCGUACUAUAAAUUUCCUCGUUCACGGCGAGUCCGGAGCGAAAGGAGAGCGCCUUUGACAUUCCCUUCUCGAUGAUUUUCAGCCACAGCAGCUCCUUUCUGAAGAACUGGUUAACUUGGGACCACCUCCAAUGAGCUUUUCUCCAUCCACAUCACAUCAUGUAGAUCGUUGUAGAUCAGAUGCAAUUAAUAAAAAUAUAUAAUAAUAAUAAUAACUUGAUGUGUGAAAUAAACUUCACCUCGGAGCAAACUUUCUUCGUGGGGGAAGUAAAAUAUGAAGUGCCCUGCCAGUUGUUGCCAUCCAGGGUGAGAUAGGUCUCGUCGUUGAUCGCCACCCUACAUCACGAUUCGCCGGGAAAAUCGACUUAACCUUUGUAUUUAGCCGCUGUCGCUGCGUCAUUGCCUGGAGCUCCAAGCCUAGCGGGCGGGACUGCCGCGCACGCAGCGAUGUAGCCACUUUUCCUUACUCUUCCUUUUCAGCAUUAUAAGGAGUUUUUUGUCGCUUGGGAUCGUCAGCCGGCCGGAACCGGGCCUUCUCUCGAUGCUCUAAUUGUUGAAGUUGUAGAUUUUGACGCAGCGGGAUAUCGUUCUUUGAAUGCGCACACUUCUGAACGGAGUAGCUUCGCUGUUCUCGCCAUGACGGUUAGAGUUCGCUUGAAAGAUACGUAUGAUUGAUACUGCUUGUGUAGUUUUGCCAGUGCGUGUGAAGGUAAACCCAUAAAAAAUCGGCAGUUAUGUUAUGCCAAAACGCAUACCCAAAAGCGAAAUCAAAUAAAAGUGCUGACAGUUUACAAGCCUGCUCAGGAUGAAGUUUAUUACUCAUCAAAGUUAAAUGGGAAAAUGAAAUAAUAAAAAUAAAGAGUCGAUGGUAAAGAUUUCUGAGGAAAAGGAUUCAAAGAAUAAGGAACGAUAUUUUUCCAAUCAUCACAUGUGAAAAGCCCAUGUGAUGGCAUCCGAGAUAGCCGAAAACAGGAAAGAAGAGGAAUAGGGAAUCCUAUUAGGAUAAAAAAAAAAAAACAACAAUACGAGAAAACGUAUGGUUUCCAGUCGAAUGAAUUCUGUACAAAUUUCUCGGGCUACAAAAUAUUCUAGGAAAAUCAUUGAAAUAAGUUUGAUUUUUUUAAGUUUUCAUUAGUGGUUCAAACUUGAAAAAUUUUCACUCAAUGUCACUGCUAAGCAGUAAAAUAAUAACACCUGUAUCAGUUAGUGUUCUGUCACAUAAAAUAAGAUAUUUCUUUUUGAAAUAACGUACCAAAAAGAGAAAAAUGUCAUUUUGCAGGUUUCCGGAUUUUUUUAAGGAAAUAAUUUCGCGCUGAAUAAAUUUUCAAAGUGUGAUUUUUGCUCAUAGUAUCUUCGGGGAACCCUCCAAGAUAUAUUUAAGCGAUAUCAUUUCUCAUCACAUGGUUGAAUUUGCAACAGCAGCAUACUGCAGCAGUAUUGCUAGUAAAUUCAAUGGUGAGCCUUUUGUCAGAUAUUCAAUCAGUCUGGGGUGUAUAUUUAUUUUCACAAGCAAGGUAGCGCCUUGCGGUCUUCAGAAGAGUUUUUCCCAGGAAAAUUUCCUAUAAAUAUCAUGUAUUCAUAUAUCUUUAGAAGCCAACUGGACAUCUCUAUAGAAAAAGUUUUGAAAAAGUGGUUUUUCCCAUGAAAUAUCGUCUAGUAAUCAUAUCAUGCCUUCAAACACCUCAAUAGAAUACUGAAACAAUACCUGGUUGAUUGAUUUUGAUGGAUUAUGAAAUAUAGGCAAAAGUGGUUUUCAAACAAAUACCCGGUAACAAAUCUUAACUUGAUGGAGAUCUUGAUUGUGAGUAGCAAAGCUGCGAAUUUUCACUGUCAGCAACAGAAUAUCAGUUGAAGUUGAGGGCUGUGAAUAUCGAUUUCAGCACGAACGAGCUGUAAAUGAAAUUACUUUAGGUUCAAUCGGUUCAAGUUUAUCAUGUAGAGAAGUUUGUCAGUAAGUUGAUGCGAAGUACCUAUAGAUAUGGAAAGCUUUUCAUUACUGGGGCAGUAAUGAAUGGUAAAGUUUAAAAAGAGAAGGCAGAGAAGGAUUUUGCUAUUAAUUCGAUCACGGUCCGGUGAAGUUUUGGCCUGACUUAGCAAGCUGCCAUCACAGACGAAAUGAAUAAUAUCGAUUUCGCAGGAUAAAAUAUCAAUUCAUCAAAAUGUCCGGUUUUCAAUCCGUCGAGAGACAGUGGGCAGUUAUCUAAAGCAAAUUGAAGAAAUGUGGCAGAGCCUUUGAAAACCAGCUCAAAUGUAAUAACAGGUAUCACAAGAGAAGUUCGAGAAUGCUUCCGAACAACUGACAACUAAUUUUGAUGUAUUUUUUUAAAAGCAGCAUGCUGUAGCAGUGUUGCUGGAAAAUUUCAAUGGUGAGCCGUCCGUCAGACAUUCAAUCAGUUUGGGGUGAAUAGCUGUUUCUACAAGCAUCGUAGCGCUUUACGGUCUUCAGAAAAGUUUUUUCCAGGAAAAUUACCUACAAAAAUCAUGUAGGUAUUGAUAUUUUUUUAAGAGCCAACUUGACAUCUCUAGAGAAUAAGUAUUGAAAAAGCGGAUUUUCCCAUAUAAAAUCGUAUGGAAACUUUAAAAAUCGGGCGCAAACCGGGCGUUUCACCGAUCUAUCUGAAAAGUUACACAGGUGUUAUGAGACCCAUAAGGAAAACGAAAAGUGCAUGGGAGCUAACAUUUAUUUUUUGUCCCACCCUAAUGACUACAAACCUUUCUGCUCUUUAGUAGCAGAACUGCUCUGUAGUUCACCGUUAACUUUUUCGCCAAAUUAUGCCCGGAGAUUCCAGGAUGUGGACUGCUUGAAUCACCUUUGCUCGUAGAUUCCGGUCUCACCAUAUCAAAGAAUAGCUUUCCAUUAUGUGACUAAUACUUAUUACGCUCGGGUACUACUUGAGACAAAUUAAGAUAUCAAUGAAAAUGCCACUUAAAAGCUCAAUAGCGAGUAACUGCAAUGUUUUUGCAAACUGAGAAAAUGAUAAAUCCAUGCAUUCGAUGCAUUCUAAAAAGCCACAAUAAAAUCAGUAGUAUUUAGUGAGAAACUUUUAUUCCAUUUACGAAAAAAUAAGAAAAAAAUCUAGAAAUUAUUUUAUUAUUGAAUGAUUUUUUAGCUGCAAUGUUACAUCUUGCUUAUUUUUUUUAGAAACAAUUCAGUUUGAUAUGGAAGUUAACUAUAUUUUGUUUAUUCUCACCUACAUCCUAUUCGCUGGAACAACUCCAGUCAAGAAAAAAUACUUUUCCCAGAAAACCAACAAAACUCACCAUCGCACACAAUAUCUACCACAAUCCCCAAGCCCAACAAGAACGUUAACUCAAAAUGAAAAAAGGAUAACUCUGUAAAAAUAUAAAGGAUUCACUUGUCACUUUCAUUCGUAACGAAACCAUUGCUUCCACAAUAUCCGCUACCAACAACAGACAAUGAUUGGCAUUUUGCUGAAAGCUGCCGAGUUUCCGUUGGUACGUGAAAUCUCCCUGCAACGUUCACCAAAGCGUCAAUUGUUCACCCAAGAGAACCCAAACACAGGCAAAGACAAGCAGGUAAGUCUAAAGGAUAAUAAUUGUGACAAAACAAAGAAGGGUAUAAUAUACAUUCACAGAUAUAUACAUAUAAACUGAAUAACGCCAAAUUUUUUUACACUAAGUAGAGUAGGAUAAACCAAUUUUGCGAAAACUAAUGCGAUCGCUGCAACCAAACCCCACUUAUUCUAAAAUGUCGAUAGUCAAAAUUACCAACCAUCUCUAAGCUUGCAAUUUUUUUCUCAUAAAUUUCGAUCGCUUCCGUAUUACUAACCAUUUCUAACGGCUUUACUUUGCUCCCUGUUCUGCCUGGGAUCCCCUUCUCUUAUUGUAGUUAAUGAAUAUUAUACAUCGUACGGUUCGUGUUCUUUGGAGAUGUUUUAUAUUUAUUCCUAUUAUUAUAGACAUAUGCAAGAGUGCAUAUAUACAUUCAUGUCGACCCCUAGUUGAAUGGACAGUAAAGUAUGUAAGCUGUUUAGAAGAAACAAAAUAAAAGUUGAAAACCAAAACUCAAUUAUCCCCUCUGCUAGAGCAAAAAUCCAACAAGUGAACUGAAGUAGAAUCCUGGUAUCCUGGUAACAGUUUUGCCGAAGCUGAUCAGAUCAGAGUCCCAAUGAAAUACCUACGUCCCUAGCUAGUAGCGUCGGGAAAAAGAGAAACUCAAACAAACUAUGAAAAAAAUCAUAUCUCUGAAUGUGUAGGUAAUGUAAAUCAAAACGAAAUGUAGAGAAACUAAAAAAAACUUUUCCAGAAUAGACCACAUUCGGCUACUGUAACCGAAAAAAAACAAGAAUCCAAUGCAUUUAACACUCACGGUGACGAAAAUUAUAAUAGCCCUUAAUGAGAAAAUCGUUAUUGCGAUAAGUUAGUAAAACCAUAAAGCAUCACCUAGCAGUUCGUUUUCAUCCUUAAGCGUUGAGGGCUUGCCCUUAACUUACGAUCACCGACAAUUGAAGCAAUCUCGUUAUCUCUUAUCGUCGAGUUAUUAGGUUUGCUAUCGCUCACGCGAAACGUACAAUUCGGAGCACGUUUCCUUUCAUAAUGUUCCAUUCUAACAGCAGCAGCAUGGUUUGGCUAAUGGAAAAAGUUUUCGCGCAAAACCAUUUCAAAUUCUUUAGGAUACAGGGCAAACCAUCAUGGUUGUUAUCAUCAUGAGCAUCCCACUUUUUCUACCCCCCACGUUUAAAGCUGAACCAGAAUGAAAAGUGAAACAACAUAGGUUUUAUAAACUUUCCUUUCCAGCUGCGAUAUCCCGUCCGGCGGUUUUUACCGCCUGGUCUGAUUUUUUAUUUUAUUUUUUUCUACUACGAUUCUUAUAGGGCAAAAAUGAAACGAAACUUUACAGAUCCCAUGAGCCCGGUUGGGCUUUUUUCUCCCAAGCAGGUGCUACUUUUCACCACGAACGCCCGCCGAGUCGCACAGCCACUUUCACACACGCACAGACUGGCGCACACAUGCACACGCACGAACAGUUCACAAGCUCACGUCACUCAAACGCAACUUGAAAAUUCCCGCUCGCGAGCGAAAGGUCCCGGCGUCUGUGCUUUACACUUCGGCAGGUAGUACGACUUCAAUCGGAAAAAACGUUAUUUAUAACUUGAUUAUAUUUUUUCCUUUGAAAGAGAAAAACACUUUACCCUGGGUUUGAAAUACUUUCAGUGAAAGCUUUUGCGAUAAUUGAUACGGGCAACCAGGCCAGGGAAGGCUAAAGCUGGAUGCAGUUCAACUUAAAUUUAAUUAUCUUAGUUGAUAGCAUAAGUUAUGCAUCGUUUAUUUUGGAUCGUUUGGAUCAUGCGAUUGUUUUCGAAAGAAUCAUAUGUGAGUCACAUUUUUGUAUCAUCAUGAUAACGCGAUUGCGGUCAGCUUUUUGUGAACUACAUAAUAUACAUUGUUGAUUUAUGCUGGUGCUUAUGGUCAGAUAGUACAUUUCUUAAUAUGUUAAGGUGUCUCUAGCACUUUAUAAAGAAAUUUUGCAUAAAAAAACAGUGAUAUAGGGUUUUUGUUUCAAUAACUCCAAUUAAAAUGCGGUCUGUGAGGAAACAUUUGUUACUAACAAAUUGUUAGUAUGGAAGAUGGUUGACAGCUGCAAGCUGAAGAGUUUUUUCUUUGGUUAUUUCCACUUGCAAUUUUUCACCUUCUUUUAAGAGGGUUCAAAAUGAUUUUCGAUGGGCAAGGGUAAAUCCAACGCGCCAAAAAUUCUUGCAGCGACAUUUUCCGUCGUCAUACACUUUGAUGAUCAUCGUUUUUUUGUGUUUGUCUUCUUUUCGUUCUAUAGUUGAAAUAUUCCUAAUAUUUUUCGUUUUACUUCCAUUAACACUUACUUUAUCGAAUGAAUUGAAUUCAGAGCGAAAACCAAAAACAAGCUGCCGCAUUCAGAACGAAAAUAACUGCGAAACCACGAAUCAACAUUCAGUGAACAGCUUUCGAGACUAUUGUUGCGAACCAAUGAUCGCACUCGCAAACAAUAACAUUUUCAAAAGUUUAUCGUGCAAUAAACAUCUUGCAUGAAAGAAAAUAUUUGUAAACAGAACUGUUCAUCAAUUUUGAUAUAUGCAUUUUUCAUAUAUUUACACUCUUCAUUAGUCAAUUGUACCCUUAUUCAGGCGAUUGAAGUGAUUGUCAUUUGCUAAUGUCACUAAAAGUUCAUAAAAAUUAAAAAAAAAAUUGGUGCAUUAAAUCACUCAUAAUUCUGACAGAGAUUGAUUUUGCACAUGAUUGUGGGUCAGUCAAUAUUUAGAUAUUUUCCAACACUUUUGCACAAAAAUGCAUCAAAACUUAAUAAAACGAGAUAUUUUCAUGCGAUUACUUCAAUAAAAUAGCUAUUUUUAUGAUUUAUGUCGAUAAUCUCUCGCCAUCUUGAAUGUCUAAAAUGACUCAUAAUUGUGUACUUUGCAGUGUAAGUAAUAUUUUACAUUUCAAUUGAUUCAUACAAAUCAGCUGGAGUUAAACGCAUUGAGGAUCAAAAGUACUCAUCAUGACAAAGAAAUAGACUUUGAAAUGUAUAUGGUUAAUGGUUUCUUCAAUUAUUUCUAGGUCAUUCUACACUCAGUGAUCAAGCCAAUACAACGAACCUCUCCGAUUUGCUCUAAAAUGACUAAAAAGACUUGUUUAAAGUCGAAACUGAAAAUUCCAAAGUUAUACGUCAAUUGGACAAUCCUCCACCGAAUGCAGAUGCUUCUCCCAUAUUUAGGAAGAACAUUAUUUUCUGUUCUGAAAAAAAAACAUCAUAUCUCAUUGACCGUAAAAGCUACAGACAAUACUAGACAUUAUUUUCGAAGGUUUUAAAAUUAUGAAUAAACAACAUUUAAAGUACAACGUGCGUUUCAAAAAUUUCAUUUAUUCAAUUCAAUUUAUUCAUAUCUCUAGGGGCACCCAAUUCGUCACUUGGACCCUCACUGAGGGUCGUAGCGAAGAAGUGACAUUCAGCAGGAAAUUUGUUUAGUGGUGCCGUACAUUCAUAACAUUUAAUGGAUUUUUACAUUGCGAAACAGCACCAUCGAAGAAGUAGAUGAUCUUAACAAACUUUGAGAGUGAAGAAAUGUGUAGAAUUAUUGGGCAAUCGGAAAUGAUAACUAAGUUCAAUAAACGAUCCCUCCCUGUUCAAUAUAAUAGGCGGCGAUUUGGUGAACGGUUGCCUGUAAAUUGUUGUGAUGGAACCCCCUGUAUUGAUAAACAAAUGAGUAAUUUUCCGUAAAGUCAACCACAGUCAGAACUUUUCCUUCCGAUAAGCUGCCUCGUAUUGUCUGUAAACUGUUUUACUGAAACAAAAUCAUGUUUGCGCACAUUUGAGAUGGUUUCAAGAAAUUAGACAAUGAAGUUUUCAGUGUCACUCACAACCGUUGGUAAGCUACAGCGUUUUUGUUAAGUACAUUGGUUGCACGUUACUUCAUCAAACGAAUCAUUCUCGAAAUAUGAACAAAUCAUAUCUUUUACGGAAUCCAUGGUGUCACAUGCUGCGUUGGCACAUUUGUUCAGGAAACAUCUCCGUGGGUGGAUGACAAAGGUUUCGCUUCAAAACGUCUUGAUACUCGAAUUGAACGGAUUUGCACCUUUUUCUUUUGAUUUAUUUGGUGCAGCUUUGCCACUGAAAAAAUCAGCAAGUUCUUCCAGCACGCAUUCAGGUGGUUGUAGCUCCGCAAACUUUGAAAAUGCGACCUAAAUUUCAAAAAACUUUUCAUUGAAAAACCUGUGACUAUCAUUAUGGUUACUAUUAUUUACUAGUACCUGUAAGUUACCUUGAGAUUUGCCAGAAUUUCUUUCCCGGAAUUCCUUCACGGUAGAAAGCCUUUACCCCCGGCAACACAUCUUCAGAAAGUUUUUCUGUGGUUGAGUGAGCUUCGUAGGCUACACUUAAUGUAGACUAAGCGCGCUAACUAUUCAAACUCACCUGUAGAUUAUAAAUUGCAAAGGUUAUUAUCUUUUAAACUUGUUCACAAUCAACCUCGUUUUAGUGCUAAUUUAAAAUUUUUCGAAGCACUUUUCGAGCUUUCAUUUUGCCGACUGGAAACUGCCUCCAUGGAAGCUUUUGAUGCCUUGAGUAAUUUUCCUCCACUGUAUCUAUUAGAUCGUUUGACUUGGGUGACUGAUCCAGAGAUUACAAAACCAUUUUAAUGCGAACUAGCUGUGUCCUUACUAUACAAGUAAACAAUUAAAAAAGAAUCAAUUGCGAACGAAAUAAAACAAUAAUGAGAUGUGAGUUAAGCGAAACAAUUCAUUUUCAACUUUUUAUUGUUGGAAUGACUAUGGUGUUAAAAGUUCUCAUACCCAGCUAAUGUGGAGUUUCCAAUUCAUGAUCUAAAUAAUUCAUCUCACCAGUAUUUAAUGCUUGUUAGAUUGCUUGUGUAGAAUCCCCUUAGAGGUACACUAGUCUUUUUACGCGGAUUUUUCAGGAGAGUCGUUUUUGGAGCGGCAUGUUUGAGUGGUGUCUGAUGAGUUUACCUAAUCCAAUUACUGUAGAUCAACUGAACUGAUUUUACAAAUUUGUUAUCUUUAAGUUAAAUAUUUUCACAACGGCUCAUAUUUCAUUCGGAGAAUGAGUGAUUCCCAUGUAAAAUUUUCUACUAAACACAUUGUUGCUAUCAGAAUGAAAAAGAACCGGUGUGUUUCGAGAAAAAGCAAUUUAAGUGCGCGAAAUCUGAUAAUGCCAUUCGUUUGAAAAUUUUAAAACCUAUCAAAAUAAUGUUCAAUAUUGUCUGUAGCUUAAACGGUAUUUGAGAUGAUGUUCUUCCAAAACAUGGAAAAUGAUGUUUUUCUAAAUAUGGAAAAUAUGGUUUUCGGCCAUUCUUAGCUCAAUUUGGGAUCACUUUUUUUGCCUUUUCUGGUCUUUAGAAGGGGUUUUCGGCCAUUCUGAAAAUUUUUUUCUCUGCGUGGACUCAUCACUGAGACCAUAGAGAUUUUAUCUAUUAUGAUAUGCGCAUCUGAGCUUAAUUUGGAUUCAUUUUCUAUUUCGGCUUUUUCUGGCCUUUAUAAGGGGUUUCGACCAUUCUGAGCUUAAUUUGGGAACAUUUUCUUUUUCGGCCUUUUCUAGCCUUUAAGAGAGGUUUUCGAUAAGCUGAGCCUAAUUUGGGAUCAUUAUCUAUUACGGACUUUUCUGGCAUGUGGGGUUGUUCGAUCACCCUAAAACUUCGGAUUUUUCAGUUUCGAUUUUAAUCAAGUCCUUCUAGUAAUUUUGGAGAGAAUCGGAGAGGGUCGUUGCAUUUGCCUGAUCACUUGGUAUAGAAUGACCCAUAUCUAUUUUCCAACACUCAGGCUUCGCGUUGGAUGACCUAUAACGUGGAGAAACUUCAAUGACUCUCCAAAGAACGCUGUUAAUUUUUAUUUAAGAAUAUUAAAUAUAAAACAGGCGUCAGCAUCACCUCAUUAAACACUAAAAAAAGAAACAAUGCACUAAGCUUGAAAUAAAGCAGGGUGAACGAUUCAAAACUACAGUCGUCAUUGACUAUGAAUACGUUUAUGUAAAAAAUAUUUAAAUUCGAAACAUUUGUACAUUCGAAGAGUGAGUUAAAAUAAGUUAAGUAUCAUAGCGCCGCCAGUUUUGCUCAGAUUGUUCUAAAAAUUGCCACAACAUUCUUAAGAUAUUUUAUAUACCUGAAGUCCUGAAUACCCUCCUUAAGAUACAUCAGGACGUUGAUAACAGUUAAUGUUUAAUUAACGAGCUACAGUGAAAAAAUCAUCAAUGUGUCUAAUAUUUUUUGUUUGUUAUGGAAAAUGCUUUGCGUCUUCACUGCAACAGGAAACUUCAAUAUUGUAAAUAAUAAAUUUUGAUUGCGAAAAACCUCUGCCUGUCCACCGAUUUGAACAAGAAUAUAAUAAUUUGCAUUUGAAUAGACUUACCCGGUGAACAAAGUAGGCGAUGAUAUUGCCAAAAGCACCAAAAUAACAUAAAAUAAACAAUUCAAUCGUGGCAGAACAUAUAACAGUACCCUAUCAUUACAUCACUCAGAGAACGAUCACUUACUAUGGUGGACUUUCGUGUGUACUUUAAAAAACACUUUUCCAAACUCUGAAAUACAAAAAUGUAACUAACUCACAAGAAAUUAAGAAAAAUCCGCGAGACGGUCAAUGCAUACGCAGAAGCAAACACGGUUUGACAGUUAAUUCGCCAUCAUAUCGCCUGGUUAACGUAGCAUACACGGUAGCCUACAUUUAGGAACUUUUUCUCAAAAGGCCUGUUUCCUCUUUCUUCCAUACAAGUUAAUUUGUUGUUCGUCCCGGAGUAGAUCUCAUACCAACGAUGUUUAUGUGCUUUACAAUUUUCCAAGCACACAAUUAAUCUUUACUAACUUACUACUAGAACUAACCAAGAAAAAAUACUGUAUGAAAAAGUGGGUAAAACUCGACUUCUGAAUGCGAGAAAUUAACUUGAUUUACUCACGGGUAUGACAUACCUACAGCAUAAUUUAUUGCUCGAUCAAUAUUCAAGCGAUCGUCACAACGAGACAAAAGCUUAUCCAUAAAACAUUGGCUGAUUUCUCAUCUCCCGGAACCUACCGUGGGUAAACACCAUUACAACCGUAUUAAAGUUUGCUCAUGUGUUACAUUCUAAAACAUUAUUUUUAUUACCUGGCCGUCGUAUAGCACAGACAAACCUAAUCCGACACGAGCGGUACUCCUCCUCACGCGGAAACACAACCAUCAACCCCAAAUCCUAAACACGGAACCGUACUCAGGGUUUCCACCAUCAUCACCACCAUCACAGCCGUAAAGCCACACGAAACAAUAUUCCAGCAACACUUUCUCCCUAGCGAGCCACGUCAAACCGCUGGAAAAACCGCCUUUUAUUUUCGUUCUUAGAACCCAUGCUUACACCGGGAAAUCCUUACGAAAAUGAAAACGGGAAGGAAAAACAAACAUUUUAUCCAGCGAUCAAAUGAACAAAUGCAUGCGUGGAAUGAGGAUAUGCCUUGAGAAACAAAGAGCAGCUAACGGUCGGAUGAAAAAUGCAAAAAAAGAACAGAUUUCCUGCGUGUUUUGUGAAUAGUAUUUGCAAAAUUUAUUCCGCAAUUACCUAUGGUUUUAGAUCCCGAAAUUGGAACCCCAACGUUAUUCGCAUCGUUCUUGGCAGACAUGGGCUACAAUCGAAGCCUUUUGCGGGAAAAUCUGAUUACGGUAUACAGAGAGCCAGAGCGCGAUGCAGAGCGAAGAUUGCAGUAUCAAAUUAAUCAUGUUUAUCAAGCAGAAAUUGUAAUAAAUUACUCACCUUCCGAGAUUCAUUUAUUUUUCCGUGACAAGACUGACUCCUGCUGACAGCGUGUCAUGCUCGGAACCCCCCUAAACCACACGAUAGAUCGGCACAGAUUUUGUCAUUCGGAAAUGAUUGAUCGAUUGAAGCUCUCGGCACAGCCGACAGCGGGAUGCCAAGCGAGAAUACAAAAAAAUAUAUAUAAAAGGACGAGGGAAUACCUACACUUCCAUCGUGAAAAGCAAUGUUGCCGAGACAGAUCAGUACUGAGUCGGAAAAACAAAACUGCGAGGCAAUGAAAAAUUUUAUGGGCACAAGACCGACUCACCGAACCCCAUUAGGUUGCCGGUGAAAAAGCACCAGUCUUUGAAAUGUAAAUGUGCCCCAGUCAUGUUUUCCACUGACACGUGGUAUAGUCACAAUAAAUGUGUAGUAUAAUUAAGUUUUAUAGUUAGAAAAGUUGAUAGUUAGGGCAAUAUUAAACAUCAAAUUACUAUCAGCAACUUAAAAAAUAGUUUCGAUAUUUUUUCUAUCUUUCCGCUAACCUUCAAAAGAUGCAAUAAUUUUAGACAAUAAUAGUACACCGAUUAAAAUAUGAUUCGUCCCUGUGCUUAUGUAUGAAACUGCAAUCUUGGUCAGCCAAAUAGUCACAGGAACAGGAAUGAAGAAGAAUCGAUUUAAAGAAAUAGUUUAUUCGCUCCGUCGCCUCGGCAGUCUUACUCUUUCCCUAUAAUAAUCUUGUACAUGUAGAUACUCGCGAAUAUUUACAUUGCACUUGCUUAGUAUCAAGAUUUGACUGCUUGCUGCAAGAUACAAAAGAGAAAAAUUUUGCCAACCAACUGCAGUAAAGAUAAAAACUUUCGUCUAUCAUGCAUUAUUCAUACAAAGGCAUCACAACGCCAAAAAACGUAACAAGUGAGAAAAUCCGUUUAUCAUUACUCCAGCGCUAGUCAAAAGUUGCAAUAAAAUUAUAUAUACAUACAUACAAAAAAAAAAAAAACAGACACACACACCGAUCUUGAAAUUCUGUCAUACAAUACAGCAGAGCUAACUAUGAAGAAUUUACUUUCAACCGAAGAAAAUAACGUUAUCAAUAAAUGCAUCAGUGUCAUUGUGAUCAUCAUCAUCAUCGUCAUCAUCAUAAUCAUAUUAUGUUACCAAGGGUUACCGGUCACAGCUUCUUUGUGUGUUGCGUGCCGGAAUUUUUCCGCACCGUAAGAUAUUGCCUUUUACUUGUGAACGUCGUGUUAAAUCUAAAGAGUAAGAAAGCUACACACCAUCAGCAAGUGAAUUUCGUUGUACGCUGUUUACAGUUAAAUGCUCAUUUUGUUUUCACACGGUGCUGAGUUAAGUUCGAGUGACAUAGUAGGUAAUUAAAACGCUUCAUUCCAGUUUCAUUAUUCCUAAAUAGUAAAAAAAAAAAUUCAAAUAUUCUCGAUCGCUUCACUAAUCAUCUUUCCUAGUAAGCGAAUAGAAUUUAAUGUAGAAUAUUGAUGAAAAAAAAACUUUGUCAACAGUAAACUAGAAUCUACGGAUAAUAAAACUUCUUCGAUUGGAGCUUCGGAUCGAAUCGAGCAUAAAGUGAAAAUGAAAAAAAAAACAACAAACAGACAUACUUUAAGCAUGCAUGCUAAAAAAAACAAUACAUUGAAUAUAUUUUAGGAUAUUCCAAUUUUAUUACUAUGAACAACAACAAAAAAAAACACAAUGAUAUAUUUAGAAACAUUGUAUUUUAUUAUUAUUUGAAUAAGGGAAAGAAUAUAAUACUUGUUGAAUAAUUGCCAA